AUGACAUAUGUUUUAUCAGCCAUGUUCUGUGCCGAGCCUGAUCAGCCCACCAUGAUGGAGGGUGAUUAUUUGGCAACAGAACCAAUGAUGGCGCAUGUUAGUGUCGAAGAAGUAAGGGAAGGAGAAUCGGGCAGAAUGGAGUUGCCCGAGACCUUUAAAAGAAAGCCCGAGAGAGUCUAUUCAGACAAGAUGAAUGUUGUUGGAGCCGGUAUUGUUAUCGUUUACCCUAAAGGAAUUCAUUAUUAUUAUUCGUUCCUCUUGGACUAUCAAGAAACUACCAACAAUCGGGCAGAAUAUGAGGUGUUGAUAAUUGGUCUAGAAAUCCUAAUGGAGUUGGGGGCAACUGAGGUUGAGGUGUUUAGCGAUUCAGAGUUGGUGAUUAAUCAGUUAAAUGGAGAAUACAAGUGCAGACACAUUACCAUAGCUGAUUAUUACUUGGCAACCACACAAUUAUUGAGUUAUUGGGGCACUAAAAUAUCAGUCAGCCAUAUCCCCAGGGAAUCAAAUGCAAUGGCUAAUGAAAUGGCGCAAUUAGCUUCUGGAACACAAAUCCAAGAAAGUAAAUUCGAAGUUGAAGUGGAAGUGCAAAAGAGGAAUCUCCCCUCUAUCUUUGAUAGAGGAUUUAGCCUAGAUGUAAUGACUAAGGAGCUUAAGACAGAAGAUUGGAGAUCAUCCAUCACUCAGUACUUAAAAAACCAUUAUUUCCCCACUAGCAAGAAGAGUAGGCAACAAGCAACCAAGUAUGUCAUGUGGGAAGAAAACCUGCUAAGGAAAACUCCAGAUGGUUUAUUGUUAAAAUGCUUAGGCCAAGAAGAAUCUAUGAGAGUAAUGGCCGAAGUACAUGAAGGAAUAUGUGGGGCUCAUCAAGCUAGAACCAAGAUGAGGUUGUUGCUUAGGAGGCAGAUUUACCUAGUUUUCAGCAAAUGGCAUACAUUCAUAAUAGUGGCAACAAAUUACUUCACUAAGUGGAUAGAAGCCUCAGCUGUGAAGAGCAUCACCUCGACAGCCGUCAAGAAGUUCAUUGAAACCAAGAUCUUGCACAUAUAUGAGGCACCCGAGACCUUUGUUACUAACCACGGGCCAUCUUUUAUUUCAAAAGAGGUUGAGGAAUUUGCAAAUAAGUUCAAGAUAAAGAUGAUUCGAUUUAGUCCUUUCUACCCUCAAUCGAAUGGUCAAGCUGAAGCUAGCAACAAGGUUUUGGUAAACGUUAUCAAAAGGAUGGUGGCCGAUAACCUAGAAAUGUGGCACGAGAGGUUGGGAGACACUUUAUGGGCUUAUAGGACUUCCAAGAGGGUAGGAAUUGGAACUACUCCUUAUGCUCUAACCUUUGGGAAAGACGUUGUACUUCCCAUGAAGAUUAAUGUAAGUUUUGUUAGAAUUCAGAAUCAGUUCGGGUUACAUAGUGAUGAGUACAUUCAAGUUAUGUGUCAAGGAAUUGAAGACUUAGAUGUAGCCCGAAUUGAAACUCUAAACAAGAUUCAAUAA